AUGGCAAGGCGGCCAAGCAAGCCGAAGAAGGAGAAGAUCAUCGCCCAGCCUUACUUCUUCAAGAUCUUGAUCGGUGACUUCACCACCAAACUCAGGGUGCCGCCGGCAUUUGUGAAGAACUUCAAAGAAAUCCUCCCCACCAAAGUUCGCCUGGAAUAUGACUACGUGGGACGUCCACUAUUAUGGAAUGUGAAGAUGAAGAAGAAUAAGAGUGAAUGUUACGUCACGGGUGGAUGGCAGAAGAUCGUGAGAGACUUGGAUUUGAGGGUGGGAGACUUCUUGGUUUUCAGGCUUGUGAAUGAGGAAACCCUCGAAGUCGUCGUGUUCGACCGGACUUGCUGCGAGAAAAAGAUCAAUAUCGAAACAAAGCAAGACAGAGAAUUAGGAGAUAAUCGCAAAGGGAAGGUCGAGGAGGAAGAAGAAGAAGAAGAAGAAAGUAGUGAAAGUCAUGGUGGGGAUUCCGAUGAGGAAGAAGAAGGGAGAGGGGACGAUGGUUGUGCUCCAGCUAGUCCUUUGUCGUCGUCAAAUAAACAUUAUAUCGUUCAUGAGAAGCGGCUCGUUAAGCAUGAGAUGCUUUACUACAUUCUACCACCAAAAGUUGCUAAUGAGGCGGAGCAAUGGACCAAGAAGAGCGCUCUGAUCAAAGGCACCGAUGGCAGGAAAUGGCGUGUAGUGAUAAAAGUGAGAACCAAGGGUUAUUGUAGACUCGACUUUUCAACAGGGUGGAGAAAAUUCAUCAGGGACAAUAACGUCUGCCCCGGAGAUACUGUUCGUCUUGUGUUUAAGGGAGGAAGGGAUAAUCUAGUCGAGGCUCAAGUGCCUAGUAGGGUUUCUAGAUCAGCAAAUUAG